CCGCCCCUCUCCGCCCGCUCGGUCCUUCCUUGGCCGGGCGGCGGCCGGGCCUGCCUGCUCCAAGGCGGGACACCAGAAAAAUGUUAAAGGAAAAGGCUACUUGAGGAAGAUGAAAUUUGGCUGCCUUUCUUUCCGGCAACCCUAUGCAGGGUUGAUUUUAAACCGAGUCAAAACCAUAGAAACUCGUUGGCGUCCUUUCCUCGAAGAGCACAAGAACCACACCGUUGCUAUUCAUAUAGCUCACAAAGACUGGGAAGAUGAAGCCUGGAAAGAUAUUCUGGUGAACAGGCUUGGGAUGGCACCCAUUCAAGUACAGGCAUUAUUGCAAGAAGGGGAAAAAUUUGGCAGAGGUGUUAUUGCUGGGCUUGUUGACAUUGAGGAGACAUCAAAGUGUCCAGAAAAUCUAUCUCCUGAAGAGAUUGUGGAACUUGAAAAUAAAGCUGUAUUGACCAACCUGGACCAAAAAUACUUGACUACUGUUUCAAAUCCUAGAUGGCUAUUGGAACCAAUUCCUGCUAGAGGGGGAAAAGAUAUAUUUCAGUAAUUACCAACACUUUGAGAGAGGCCUGUUCCUUGGAUUUCAUCCAUUGUGCUUACUCCUCAAGCCGAGCAACCUUCAGAGAGGAUCUCAUUUUGCUGUUUUUAUUCAGAGAAAACACCCAGUGAUUUCAAAAUUUCUCCAUAUUUCGGUGGGCUUUGCACCUGAGUGAAAAUGUCAGGAACAACUUAUUGUGUAGUGAACUCAUCUCAAGUAACAAAGCCAUGACUAUGAGGAUAUUUUAAUUACUUCUAUUUCCUACCAUGAUAAAUUAAUUUCAAAAAUAUGAUUUUGAGCAUUGGCUACUUUUCACAUACUUGGUUUUAGGCAAUGUUUCUGAAAUUUGGUGAUUCUAAAGAACAUUUUAAUGUGGGUUUGCAGGGUUUUUGAACAAUGUUUAAGAUUUGGAACCUCAUUUUUAUUAGUACC